CAAACAGGCUCCACUUUCCCGAAAGAGCGCCAGGCAGAAUUUUCGGCCCUGACAAACCCAACAACAAAAGAAAGAGGAGAAACACAGAGAAAAAAGAAUCCCCUCUCUGUUUCUCUCUAUCUCUCUCUCCCGGUGGAUCAGUUGCUAUCUCUCAAAGAGUUUCGAAGGAUCUUCAGCUACAAAUUUUAAAUGAUUCAUGGAUUCUGAACUUGGUGUGGACAUUCAUGAUGGGGUCUUAGAUAGUUCAACUGAUAUUGAUCUCGAGCUUGGUAAUGAUGGCACAAUGAUCGGAAGUUCAGUUGAAGAUGUGUCUUGUCUUGAACAAAACGAUAAAAUGACUCACGACUCUUCUAGAGAGGAGGUGACUGUAGUUGAAGGAGACGAACCAUAUGUGGGUCAGGAAUUUGAGUCUGAAGAAGCAGCACAUGCUUUUUACAGUGCAUAUGGCUCACGUGUCGGUUUUAUAACUCGGAUAAACUAUCUAUCUCGCUCUAAACUUGAUGGGUCCAUUAUUGGUAGAACACUUGUUUGUAACAAAGAGGGUUACAGAAAGCCUUAUAGGUGCGAUAACAAAAAUAUGAAGCCACGGACUCCCACUAGGGUGGGUUGCAAGGCAAUGCUUUCAAUAAGGAAACUAAGUACUGGAAAAUGGGUUGUCACAAAGUUCAUGAAGGAGCACACUCAUGCGUUGACUGCAGGGAAUACUCAAAACGGAUUGACUAGUAACCAAAUUCCAAAUGAAAACAUGAGGAUUCAAGAAUUAACUCAACAGCUGCUCCUAGAGAGAAAGCGCUCUGCUUCACUUAGAAAAAUUGUAGACCUUCUGUUUAAUCACAUUGACGAGCACACGCAAGAUCUGUCAAAAAGCGUCCAGCACAUAGCAGACAGGGUAAGGGAGAUUGAAUAUGGAGGGAAAAAACCUCAAAACCUUAGGCGGUAGUCUUGGCAUUGUAAUAAAUAUGUUGUGUAUAUUAUCUUAGUAGCUUUUUUAUUUUUCAAAAAAUAAUUGUUGCAUGCAAUCUUGAAUAUCCAUGUAGUUGGUUUUCUUCUGUUUUUAGUUUCUUCCCUUGAUUU